AACGACAGCGAGGAUAAACAAAACAUAGAGCAGAGGCUUCUGAGAAUUUUAUAGUGAUCGAUCAAAUCGAAUAUGGUGGUGUGAUAUGGGCGUGUUUGGGCACAUCAAUUAGCAAUGAAAGGCGCAUUUUCGGCGCCCGGAGACUACACCUACUUCAAGUCUCAGGUCCCUCUCCACAAGAUCCCCAUUGGCACAAAGCAGUGGCGAUAUUAUGAUUUUGGUCCAAAAGUGGUACCUCCUCUUGUUUGUCUUCCUGGAACAGCAGGGACAGCAGAUGUAUACUACAAACAGAUCAUGUCAUUGUCCAUGAAGGGUUACCGUGUGAUUUCUGUUGAUAUUCCACGGGUAUGGAAUCAUCACGAGUGGAUUCAAGUAUUCGAAAAGUUCUUGGAUGCUAUCGAUGUUCAUCAUAUACAUCUAUAUGGUACAUCGCUUGGGGGAUUCUUAGCACAACUUUUUGCUCAGCAUCGCCCAAGGCGGGUUCGGUCAUUGAUACUAUCAAAUUCUUUUCUGGAUACACGCAGUUUCUCUGCUGCAAUGCCAUGGGCUCCCAUUGUUAGUUGGACCCCUUCUUUUUUGCUGAAACGAUACGUCUUAACAGGAAUUCGUGAUGGUCCCCAUGAACCAUUCAUUGCAGAUUCUGUGGACUUCGUUGUUUCUCAGGUUGAAACACUCUCGAGGGAUGACUUGGCCUCCAGGUUAACUUUGACAGUUGAUGCUGCUUCAGUUGGACCAUUGCUGCUUUCUGAUUCGUUUAUCACUAUAAUGGAUACAAAUGAUUACUGUGCAAUUCCUCAACAACUCAAGGAUGAACUGAGUGAGAGGUAUCCCGAAGCAAGACGAGCAUCCUUGAAAACUGGGGGAGAUUUUCCAUUUCUUUCACGUCCAGAUGAAGUUAACUUACAUCUUCAGCUACACCUGAGGCGGGUUGGCGUAGAAGCUCGGCCAGACUUGGUCCCAGGUGUCCCAAAGGGAGGUAGUGGUGGAAGUCCUAGUGAAGAGAAUAAUGGAAAAGAAGAUCCUGAUGACCCUCCCAAGGAUGAUGGGGAACACUCUGAAGGGCCAUCCGCAGAUAGUCAGCUGCAUCCAGCUCCAGAAAGUUCAGAAUCUCAUAGCUUAGAUGACCAGCUCCUCAGCAAUGCAAGAGAUUGCCACUUCGUUGAUGAAGAUAUGAUGGUGCUUUUCUUAACUCAUGUAUGGGAGAUUUUCUUUCUACAUUUUCUUCCUCUUUAUUUGGGAUCAUUGUAUAUUACUUUGAACUGUCGUUGGAAAGUCAGACAAGUUGUGUAAAAUGAAAUUUGGACGUUGUUGUUGUAAAUUGUUGCAAACCAAGUGUAUUUUUGGGUGGCUAAUGUUUUAUGUAUUCUGUUUCGGGUUGGACAUUUCA